AGAAAAACAGUGAGGAAAAGAAGGCUGCUUCCUGCGACUCACAUGUACACAGUCGUAUCAAACUAGAUGAUGGCUUCUUCUUCUAAGAGUAGCGAUUCCACAAACAGUGGCCUCAAAGACAACAGUUCAGACCCAAGCGACGAGGACAAACCCGAGUUGUGUCCUGGUUUUAGAGACGUGGACGCCUUUGUUAAACAUGGAUUUGGUGCUGUUUUAUCCGCCACUAAAGCAUCUGCCAGCUUGCCCCAAGCUGGAGAUGAAUUUGAUUUCUAUCGGAGCUUCCCAGGCUUCCAAGAGUUCUGUGAAAGUCAAGGAGACAAGCUCUUACACUUCAUGAGCCAGAUAAUGCAGGUCCACGGCUGCAGAUCUCACCUCAGAGACCGGAACAAGCUGACAGGGUUGGAGGAGAGGUUCGACUUGGUUGUGGACUCGAACGACGUCAUCCUUGAAAGAGUGGGGAUUCUUCUUGAUGAAGCUGAUGGGGUGAACCGGACCCAGCAGCCUGUCAUGCCCGCAGGGUUUCAGCCUCCCAAGAUUGUCGUUUCCAGCUGGAAUCGCAAGGGUUCUGGCUCUGGCAGUCGUUCUGAGAUGUUCCGACUGCUACACGCCAAGAAUAUCGCAAGGCCUCAGCUGAAAUUCAAGGAAAAAGUUGACAACAGCAACACACCAUUCAUUCCCAAGAUCUUCAUCAAGCCCAACGCAGUAAAGCCUCUUCCUUCCUAUUUCACCAACAAACAAAUCCGUAAAGAGAGACCCGAGGACCUCGAUGUCCCGGCUGCCCUGGCUGACUUAAUUCACCAGCAGAGAACUCAAGAACACGUUGAAGACAUGUUUGCACACCCAUAUCAGUAUGAACUGGAUCAUCUUGAAAUACCAGAAAGCCUUCUCUCUAAGCCAGAUGUGAAGAUGUACAAACCAAUGGAUGAAUCUAACUUCACCUUCAUUGACACGCUGGAGGAUUUGGUGGCUCUUAAUGAGAAGUUGUGCAAAUUGUCAGAAUUUGCAGUGGACCUUGAGCAUCACUCCUACAGGAGUUUCCUCGGUCUCACCAGUCUGAUGCAGAUCUCCACCAGAGAGGAGGACUUUAUCAUCGACACGUUGGAGCUCCGCAGCGAGCUGUACAUCCUGAACGAGGCGUUCACUGACCCGGCCAUUGUCAAGGUAUUUCAUGGUGCCGACUCUGACAUCGAGUGGCUCCAGAGGGACUUUGGCUUGUAUGUCGUCAGACUUUUUGACACGCAUCAGGCUAGCCGAGCUCUGAACCUGGCUAGACAUUCUCUCGACCACCUGCUGACACACUUCUGCAACGUGGGCUCAGACAAACGCUACCAGCUGGCCGACUGGAGGAUUCGCCCCUUGCCAGAUGAGAUGGUGCAGUAUGCCCGGACAGACACCCACUACCUCCUUUAUAUCUACGACUGUGUGAGGGCGCAGCUGUUGGAUUUCAACCACGGGCAGCCUGGUCUUCUGCAGAGUGUCUGGAGCAAAAGCAAAGACAUUUCCCUGAAGAAAUAUGUGAAGCCUAUAUACACAGAGGAGUCAUAUCUGGAGGUGCAGAGGAAGCAGAAAAGGUCUUUCAACACCCAGCAGCUCACUGCCUUCAGACUGCUGUUUGCCUGGAGGGACAAGCUGGCCAGGCAGGAAGAUGAAAGCACCGGAUAUGUCCUGCCUACUCACAUGAUGAUCAAGAUAUCUGAGGAGCUGCCCAAAGAGCCUCAGGGCAUCAUUGCCUGCUGCAACCCUGUACCCCCGCUGGUGAGGCAGCAGGUCAACGAGCUCCAUUUGCUCAUGCAGCAAGCCAGAGAAAUGCCUCUCCUUAAGGCGGAGAUUGCUGCUCAAAAGAAUAAGGGACUCACACCGAUUAAAAAGCCAGAGGUCACGCUGUUUGGUCCUCAUGAUACAUCCAGGGUCUCUGAGAGUGACCUCCACCCGUUUUCUACAGAUGAAAUGCCUGUGAAACAAGGGAUGCUAUUCUCAGAUGAUGAGCACAACAUGGAUGUUGAUGUGCAGAAAACAAGUGGUCUCAUGGCAGAAGCUAAAAUCACACUGUUUGAGGAGCCAAGAAGCCUGAAAGACGAAGACUCCCUCCCUGUGGCUCAAAUGAAAGCCAGACGUAUCAUUGAAUCAUUUGAAAACCCUUUCAGAAUGUAUUUACCCACCAGUGAUGUACACAUCAACAAGAAUGCCAAGUUUGACCCAUCUUCAAAAAUAUUCGAGAUCAGUAAAAGAUGGAAACUGCAGAGUAUUGAGCAGCAACAGAAAGAGCUGGAGGCCAAGAAGAAAGCCAAGGAAGAAACAAAGCAACUGGCAAAGAAAGUGGCAGAUGAAAGAAACAAGGCUAAACAGAGCUACCAGGAGUCUCUUCAGAAUGUUGCCACUGUUCGCCAGCAAGCAGCGGGGUCUGCAAAAGGCAGCGCAAAGAAAAGAGAGAGGGUUCCCAGUGAGGUUGGAGAGUCGACUCCCAAACCGAGUAAGAAGCCGAUGACAUCUGCAGAGAAGCCUCAGAAGACUGAGCCGCCUCCAGAAGAGAGCUUUAAGCCCUUUGACUACAGUCAGUCCGACCUCAAAGUAUUUGCUGGUAAUAAAUCAAAGGACAACACACAGUUUGAUCCCAACCGGCAAGCCCAUGAUUUUAAGAAAAAGAAAUUUGGCAGAGGACAGAAAUCCAAUUUGGGAGCUGGAGGCCGGAGUAUGUCAUACAUGGCUGGAAAAUCUGACAGAGGAUUCCGGCACAACUGGCCCAAAAGAUAAACUCUCUUUGAUCUUCCUUUUCUGUCUUAUUUUAAAAACUUGUUGUUUUUUCAUCCUGCAGGAACAGUGUUUCUCAUGUUUCCCUUGCCAAUGAAAUUCAGUAUUUCAAUAUUUUAUGAAUUUCAAAAUGUCCUUUUUUUCCCAUCUGCGGAACAGUUUACGUUGUAAAUAUGUGGACACACAAACCUCUUUAUUAAAGAUGAUUUUAGAGGAAAAGA